AUUGAAGUGAACCUUCAAUGUUAUAUAUAUCGCGCAUCUGGCGCACAUUUCGUAUGAUAUUUUCUAUUGACAUCACCAUCCCACAACUAAAAUUACAUCUUCAUUUUUUUUGAUAGCUUUAUAGUUGAAAGAUCGUUUCUUUGAAAUUAGUGCCAUCACUAUCGAUGUGGAAUCCGACCGUUAGCCUAGCCCUCGUGGUAGUCAGCAGCAUAUAUGCUGCUUCUGCUACACUACACUCUCAAGAAUCGAAAGAGGGGGUUCUAGGAGCUUACGACGAAAAAUGGAUUUCCGAUCCUUACUAUCCAUCUCCAUGGAUGAACCCUCAAGCUGAUGGUUGGGAAGAUGCCUACAUGAAAGCAAAGGACUUCGUUUCUCAACUUAAUCUAUUAGAGAAAGUUAACCUCACUACAGGUGUUGGGUGGGAAAAUGGCCCAUGUGUUGGUAAUACCGGUUCUGUCCUUCGGCUUGGAUUUAAAGGCUUUUGUAAUCAGGAUUCACCGCAAGGUAUUCGCUUUGCAGACUAUGUGUCUGCUUUCACAUCGGGCCAGCUUACUGCAGCCACCUUUGAUCGCUCCCUAAUUUAUGAUCGGGGACAUGCGAUGGCUAAUGAGCACAAAGGUAAGGGUAUCACUAUGCAGUUAGGGCCGGUCGCUGGUCCGCUUGGCCGUAUACCGGAGGGUGGUCGUAUUUGGGAAGGCUUUGCACCAGAUCCUGUGCUCACUGGAAUUGCUAUUGCCGAGACUAUUAAAGGAAUACAGGACGCUGGUAUUGUGGCCUCCGCGAAACAUUACAUUGGUAACGAACAAGAGCGUUUCCGUCAAGUAAGCGAAUCAGCUGAUCACGGUUACAAUAUCUCCGAAACGUUGUCUUCUAAUAUUGAUGAUAAAACCCUUCAUGAACUGUACCUUUGGCCGUUUGCUGAUGCCGUCCGUGCCGGGGUUGGUUCUAUCCUAUGCUCAUACACUCAGAUUAACAAUUCAUACGGUUGCCAGAAUAGUAAAACACUUAACAAUAUACUCAAAGGAGAGUUGGGCUUCCAAGGUUUUGUUGUCAGUGACUGGGCUGGCCAUCAGUCUGGCGUUUCCUCUGCGCUGGCUGGUAUGGAUAUGUCUAUGCCAGGUGAUACUGCCUUUGAUACCGGUCUGAGCUACUUUGGCGCUAAUUUGACAAUCGCUCUUCUCAAUGGAACUGUCCCGGAAUGGAGGCUUGAUGACAUGGCGAUGCGCAUAAUGGCUGCAUAUUUCAAGGUUGGCAACCGUAUCGAAGAUCAACCAGACGUCAACUUCAAUUCCUGGACCUAUGACACUUAUGGAUACAAAUAUGCAUAUGGUAGUGAAGAUUAUGAGCAGGUCAAUGGGCAUGUCGAUGUCCGAGGUGAUCACGCCAGGCUAAUUCGUGAAAUUGCUGCAAAGGGAACUGUGUUAUUAAAAAAUAAUGAUGGUCUGCCAUUGAAAACUCCCAAAUUUGUCGCUGUCGUUGGCGAGGACGCUGGGCCUAGCCUUUAUGGCCCCAAUGGUUGUGCAGACCGUGGUUGCGAUAAUGGCACACUGGCUAUGGGCUGGGGAUCUGGAACUUCGGAAUUUCCCUACCUCAUUACUCCCGACUCGGCCAUUCAGAACCAGGUCCUUUCAUACGGCGGGCGUUAUGAAAGCGUUUUAGACAAUUGGGCAGAGGACUCUAUCUUGACUCUCGUGUCUAAGCCUGAGGUGACUUGUAUCGUUUUUGGUAACGCUGAUUCUGGGGAGGGUUUUAUUACCGUUGAUGGCAACUGGGGCGAUCGCAAUAACCUGACUCUUUGGCGAAACGCGGAUCAAGUGAUUCAGAAAGUCAGUUCAUCUUGUAGUAACACCAUUGUCGUUCUACAUACGGUUGGUCCCGUGUUGCUGACCGAGUGGUACAAUCAUCCCAACAUUACUGCUAUUGUCUGGGCUGGUCUGCCUGGCCAGGAGUCUGGGAACUCCUUAGUUGACAUCCUUUGGGGAAAGGUAAAUCCUGCUGGUCGUAGUCCCUUUACAUGGGCCCGACAGCGAGAGGAUUAUGGUACAGAUAUUCUAUAUGAACCUAACAAUGGGAAUGGCCCACCCCAACAGGCUUAUUCAGAAGGGGUAUAUAUUGAUUACCGUCAUUUUGACAAAGCUGGAAUUGAUCCGAUCUUUGAAUUCGGACAUGGCUUAUCUUAUACGACCUUCAACUAUUCUAACAUUCGAGUCAUUAAGAGAAAUGUCACCAAGUACGAGCCUACGGUCGGUUUAACCAUCAAAGCGCCGACUUUUGGAAAUUUUAGUCUGAAUCUAAGCGACUAUGCCCUCCCCGACGCCUAUCCUUAUCCUACAGCUUAUAUAUAUCCUUAUCUGAAUAACACAUCAUCGCUGGAAGCCGCUUCGAUGGAUCCGGAAUAUGGCAGAAGAGAUUUUAUCCCCCCGCAUGCAUAUGAAAGUUCUCCACAGCCCCUACUUCCAGCGGGAGACCGUUCCACAUCCGGCGGGAAUCGAUUAUUAUACGAAAUAAUGUAUGAAGUAAUAGCCACUAUCACAAACACCGGCGACGUUGCUGGGGAUGAAGUGGCACAGCUUUAUGUAGCUUUGGGAGGUGACAACCCGCCUGUUCAGUUGCGUGACUUUGAUCGAAUCCAUAUUAAGCCUGGUGAAAGUGCUACGUUCAGUGGUAGUAUCAAUCGUCGAGACCUUAGUAACUGGGAUGUUGUGAGUCAAAAUUGGGUUAUUAGUGAUGAGCCGAAGAAAGUUUUCAUUGGCAGUUCGAGCCGGAAACUACACUUGAGUGCAGUUUUACACUAGACCAGGGGUGCUCAGAUAUUAUAUAGCGGCACAAUUAUGCCAUAAAGGCACUUUAGGAAUUUAUUUUGACUUGUAUUACUUAUAUUCGUC